CCCCACACCCGGCAGCGGCAUGACCCCCACAAGCGCUGGAGAAAUGGCCGACGACGAGCAGGAAGGGAUCCGGGCGCGCAAGGUGCUGGACGAGAAGGUCGACCCCAUUUCGGACAUGUCUGACAACGAAUCGGAAGCCGUGUCCAAGAAAAAGAAGAAGGGCAAGGGCAAAGGCAAGGGCAAGGGUCGCAAGUAGCUAUGUAACAUCCAGCAGAAUGUGGGCCAUGCGGGCCCGUUAUUUUCAAUUGCAAUAAAUCUGUACCCUCUUCCCAUCCGCCUGCCGAGCUGUUUGGUCAGGGUUAGGUAAGGUAGGCAGGAGUUACGAGAUGCUAGCGCCGAGAUGGCCAAGGGCAAGCUGAUAUAACACGAGCCGAACAAGGCUCAUGUUUGUCGUCAUUGCUGAUAUCCAAUUUUCCUACUGUUUUUAGCAUGUUGACGUGGCAGCAAGAGCUAGACUCCAGCGUUUUAACCAGCACGUCUGUAGACAGCCUGUGCGGGAUCAGGCUGCGUCCGCCUGGCUCGUUCUCGUUCGAGCUGCACGAUGUGAGCUCGGUUGCGCUUGGGCUCUACUGCAUGAGCCGGUCGGCCGUGCCCCACCCUACACAAUCGCUAUAUCAGCUCCCUGAGGCAUCACGGUCCACCGAAUGCUUGGCUACCAUUGCCGAGGAAGUAGAAGACGAAGAGUCCGACGCCACUGAUGACACUGAGGACCGCUACAAAUCGCUCAACGCGUGCUUUCUCCAGACAUUCAAGGACGCUACAGACUACGCACAUGUCGAAUGUGACGAGCAAGAGGAUGAGCAGGUGGACGAAGCCGACGAGACCGACGAUGCAGCCACAUCAACAGCAGAUGACAGUGACAGCUGCUAUGAUGACGGAAACAGCCAGAAGGCCGCGGACGCCAAGAUAACCGAACGGUCCAGGAGUGAGAUGCACACCAUGGACAUCUGCUGCGACAUUUUGCGCAACCGCAUGGACUACGUCGGCGAGAAGGCCGACUGCAGGUACUGGCCACUGGUCCAGCGCCUGAUUUCGCAUGCAGAAGACACAUGUACCCCGACGCGACGUUCGCUGGCAUCAAUACUGCCAAAGUUCUUCUACAGCAAGUCGUCUGACAGCCCGGCCGACAUCGCCACGUUCUGGGUCAAGCGGCUGGCCACGCAGCAGGACUACCCGCCAGCGCUGUACACGAUCGGAUGCUGGUACGCCGACGGCUGGCUACGUAUCAAGCCGAAUGUGAAGCUGGCAACCCAGUACCUAUGCCGGGCAGCGACCCUCGAGCACCCACCAGCAACGCUCAAGCUAGCCUCAGUGUUUGAGAGCCAGGACGAGAUAAUCAAGUCGCGGCUCUUUUACAUGCGCGCUGCGCAGCUGCUGGAUCCAGUGGCCAUGAUCCGCCUGGCCGUGGCCUACCUGCAGGGCGAGCUUGGCGUGGUUCCAAACAGCCGCAUGGCGAUAAAGUACCUGAAGGAGGCCACAGACCACGCAACCGAGGACUGCCCCUACGGAGCCUACCUGCUGGCCCGCGUACAUCUCGGAGAGUCCCUGAGCAAUCUGCCCCUGGACAGAUAUGUGCCCUACUGUCCGCAUUCGGCACGGAAGCUAUUGCGCAAGGCUGCCAGCCUUGGCUGUGGGCCAGCCAUGCGGCGUCUGUCUGGGCUGUACGGGACCGGCGAGCACGAGACCAAGGUCGAUUACUCCAAGGCACUGGAGCUGUUCAGCGAUGCCAGACAGAAACCGGUUCCGCAAUGCUGCUGCAACGCCACUCUUUGUGCGAUCCAGCGUGCGGCUGACGAUCUGGAGAGGGGUUUGUAUAGAUGAAGAAUUUUUUGUUUUGUUUUUCUGUGAUUCGACAAAAAUGGAUCAUGUCCAUUUCUGGACACCUACAACACGACAUAUAAUCUGAGCCGAAUAGUUGGUAUACCA